AUCAUCAGAACAGUAGCUUCUGAAUGAGUUGAACACUGAAAAUGCACUGAAUUCCUUGGCUGCCAGAGCCAGCUUGAGACGAUCGGAAUCUGAGAACAUUACAUUUUCCAAUGAAGCCGGUUGCAAUCAAUCCAUCAAUCAAGCCAGGCUGCUGCUCUACUCUACCCUACCUCAGCUAGCCUUGCUGCAAGAUGCUCACUGCAUCUCCUCCAAUAAUUGGUGGCUUCCUGCAGCAGCAGUCGCAUAGAAGAGGGCAAUGAUUGAUGUCCCCUCCCCUGCCUGCGCCGGGCCCUGGGCCCUGGCCACUCGAGAGACUUGAGAACACGGCGGUGCCUUGUCCUAGUCAUGGGCCCGGAUUUGGCAUACGGUUGCAGCUAACCACUGCGGCGGUGGGCCAGGCCCCUCUCGUCUCGUCUAAUCUGAUCCGAUCCGAUCCGAUCGUCUCCGCCUCCCCCUCCGGGCUUGUGUUUCAGUUUCUUUUUCCUGACGCCGAUGGAAUUGAUGCCCACUCCGCCUCGCUAUCAUCUUGUUUCUUUCUCUCUUUCUAGAAUUCUAGUGAUGAUCAAUGCAUCGUGCUAUCAGCUGAUGUGGACCGUGGUGGGCAUCUAAUGAGUUCUUCUUAGUCCACUCCACUCUCUCGCAGGGCAGGUAGAUAGAUCAAGUGGGGUUAUUUUUGGAUGAAAUAUGAAGAACAAACUCAAUUUAUAUGAUGAUGAUCGGCGACAGGGAGAGUUGGGGGCAGCUAGGAUUGGGUUUUAGAGGAUUUUUAGCUUCAGAUUGUGCUGUAAAUUUGCUGUAGAAUGCUUAAUUAGUACUCCGUAUCUUAGAUGAGCUUCAGGUUGUGCUGUAAACUUACUGUGGAAUUGAUGCCCAAUCUGCCUCUCUAUCAGCUUGUUUCUUUCUUUCUUUCUGAUCAAUGCAGUGUGCUAUCAGCUGAUAGAGACCGUGGUGGGCAUUUAAUGAGUUCUUCUCACUCCACUUUUUCGCAGGGCAGAUAGAUCAAGUGGGUUAUGAAGAACAGAUUAUAUAUGUGUGUGAUGAUGGAUGGCAGGGAGAGUCGAGCAACCGGACAGAUUUUAGCUUCAGCUUGUGCUGUUAAAUUAUUGCAGGAUGGUUAGCAAGUUUAUAUGUUUCUUGAUUGGGUGGUAAUUUGUUGAUGAUGGAGUGGUUGUGCCUUGUGAUCACGUCAGUGAAGCUGCGCCGGUGUUCUUCGGAAACAUUUUUUCGCUUGCUGUAAAAUUUGGAGUUCAUAUGCAGCAGCGCACAGUUGUGGAACAAACACACGUCCUCCUGCAUCUACAGUGCAGCACUCUGAUGAGUAAAGCUCCAGGGAAAGAAGCAGAGCCUAAAGAAGUACUGCAUAUGUGGUCUGCAGCUGAACAGAGCCACAUGUUAAGCCCGACUGUACACCUGAUCUAACUGUUCACAAAAAUACAGAAACAGAACUGCUCAGUAUUCAGAGCUUGCUCUAAUUUCAGACCUGCAAGGGAACAUUUCCCUUGCAGCUUGAUGAGAUGUUUAUAUCCGUUGCCUUCUCUCCUAUUCUGAUCUACAUCCCUUGGUUAAUUCUGCCAAUUUGAGAUUUUGGAGGGGCAACCACAGCUCUGGGAAGUUCGAUUUCACUGAUAUGACGCAUCCUCAUUUAUGGUAUCCGAAUGCCCGAGAAAAGAAGCGCAAUGUAUUUUUGCAUGUUGGUCCUACAAACAGUGGGAAAACACAUAAUGCUCUCAAACGAUUAGAAGCAAGCUCUUCAGGUGUGUACUGUGGACCUCUAAGAUUGUUAGCACGGGAAGUAGCAGAAAGAUUGAACAAAGCUAGUGUCCCCUGUAACUUAACUACUGGACAAGAAAGGGAAGAAAUUGAAGGCGCAAAGCAUAGUUCAGUGACGGUUGAGAUGGCUGAUGUGACGACUGAGUAUCAAUGUGCUGUUAUUGAUGAAAUUCAGAUGGUUGGCUGUAGAACAAGGGGUUGUUCAUUUACACGUGCACUUCUGGGGAUUUGUUCAGAUGAGCUUCAUGUUUGUGGUGACCCAGCUGUUGUCCCUAUUAUUCAGCGAUUGCUUGAAGCUACUGAUGACGUGGUUACGAUUCAAUAUUAUGAGAGACUAUCUCCUUUGGUUCCUUUGAAGUCUACACUUGGACCUUUCUCAAACAUCAAGGCAGGGGAUUGCAUCGUAACGUUCUCACGGCGUGAGAUAUAUAAGCUUAAGAAAAAAAUUGAAAUGGCGGGAAAACAUCUUUGCUCUGUAGUCUAUGGCUCAUUACCACCAGAAACUCGAACGAAGCAGGCGACAAUGUUCAAUGAUGAAGCCAGUGACCUUAAUGUGCUAGUGGCUAGCGAUGCUAUUGGAAUGGGUCUUAAUCUGAACAUUUCUAGAAUUAUUUUCUCCACACUCAAGAAGUUUGAUGGUAUCUCCACCAGGGAAUUGACUGUGCCUGAGAUCAAACAGAUUGCUGGCAGAGCUGGGAGAUAUGGGUCUAAAUUCCCAGUUGGCGAAGUGACCUGUCUAGACGCUGAAGAUCUCCCAUUACUACACUCAUCCCUGAAGUCACCUUCUCCCAUUAUAGAGCGUGCUGGACUUUUUCCCACAUUUGAUUUAUUGUCCGUGUAUUCACGAUUGAAUGGAACUGACUUUCUUCACCCUAUAUUGGAACGUUUCUUGGACAAGGCUAAACUGUCUCCGGACUAUUUUAUUGCCGAUUGCGAAGAUAUGCUGAAAGUUGCUGCUAUUGUUGAUGAGUUGCCUCUUGCGUUGCACGAUAAGUACGUCUUCUGUCAAAGUCCAGUGGAUGUGAGGGAUGAUAUAUCUACUCAAGGAUUAACACAGUUUGCAGAAAAUUAUGCAAAGAAAGGCACAGUUCGGCUUAAAGAAAUAUUUACACCUGGAACACUGCGGGUGCCUACAACACACAAUCAACUCCAGGAGCUUGAAUCAGUUCACAAGGUCCUAGAGUUGUAUGUGUGGUUAAGCUACAGAUUUGACGACUCUUUCCCAGAUCGUGAAUUGGCGGCUUCCCAAAAGUCAAUAUGCAGCAUGUUGAUUGAAGAAUACCUUGAGAGGUCAGGAUGGCAGCAACAAGGACAAAGAAGGUUUUUGCAUACUCCACGGAAAUUGCGCCAAGAAUAUGAUGCGUCACAAUUGCGCGGGUAUUUUCGAGAAAUUGACGCAAGAUCAAAAUAGAGGCUGAUUCAAGAAACGGCACCUCGCCAUAUUUGGUCAAUAUUUGAGCAAAUGUCCAGGGCAUGCAUCUGACUAUUCCUACUAUGUGAAAUGUGAUCACUAGCAAGCAGCGAUAAAAUGACACCUGUGUGAGAGAAGAUCUACCUGGACUCGCCUUUCAACGUCAUUGAAGUUGACCUCAAGUAGUCAAUGUGGCAGCACAUAUAAUAUUAUUCUCCAUCCAUCAGAUUUGUACUAGUUCUUCAGUAGCACUUUCUGUAACUAGUACAAAUGGAAUUGUACAUUACAAGUAAAAAAUGAAGUGCAGGCAUGAAAAA